AUGAGUUUUCCAGACGUUCUGGACCACAUUGGUGGCAUGGGACGCUUUCAAGUCAUGCAUGUGGCAUUCCUGGCCAUCCCACUCUUAAUGCUGGCCAGCCAUAACCUCCUGCAGAACUUCACUGCUGGGAUCCCAGAGCAUCACUGUCAAGUGCGCAUCAUGGCCAACUACACCCAUCAUGCCAAUCUCACAGCCAGCCUACCUGCUGAAGAUCUGCUCUGGGUUUCCAUUCCCAUGGACAGGAGCCAGAAGCCAGAGAAGUGCCAGCGGUUUGUCACCACCCAGUGGCAGCUCCUAAACCCAAAUGCCACAAGCACCAACACCAUAGAGCUGGAUACUGAGCCGUGUGUAGACGGGUGGACCUAUGAUAAGAGCCCGUUCACUGACACCAUUAUAACUGAGUGGGAUUUGGUGUGUGAGUCCAGGACACUCCGGCAAAUGGCGCAGUCGCUCUACAUGGCUGGUGUGCUGGUGGGGUCAGCUGUGUUUGGAUGCCUCGCGGACAGGUUUGGCCGGAAAGCCCUCCUGAUCUGGUGCUACCUGCAAAUGGCGGUAACAGGCAUCUGUGCUGCUUUCUCCCCCAACUUCACCACGUACUGCGUCUUCCGCUUCCUCACCGGCCUGGCCAUUUCUGGCAUCUCGGUCAAUUCUGUCUCGCUGUGCAUAGAGUGGAUCCCCACCAAUGUUCGGGCCAUUGUGGGCACCAUCAAUGGAUACUCCUACACUACUGGACAAUUCAUUCUGGCUGGGGUGGCCUACGCUAUCCCAGAUUGGCGCUGGCUACAGCUCACAGUCUCCCUGCCUUUCUUUGUCUUCUUUCUUUACUCCUGGUUGUUUGUAGAGUCUGCCCGCUGGCUGGUGAUAUCAGGAAAACCAGAACAGGCAGUGAAAGGGCUGAGAAAGGUUGCCAGGAUCAAUGGGAAAAUGGAAGAAGGAGACAAACUCAGCACUGAGGUCUUGAAAUCCAACAUGCAGAAGGAACUGUCCUCAGCCAAAUCUAGCCAUACCAUCACGGACCUGGUACGCACACCCACCAUGCGCAAAAUCUCCUGCGGAGUCUCCUGCAUAUGGUUCUCCACCAGCUUUUCCUAUUACGGCUUGGCCAUGGACUUGCAGAACUUCAAUGUCAAUGUCUACUUGACCCAGCUGAUCUUUGGAGCAGUUGAUUUUCCAGCCAAGUUCAUCUCAGUCCUCACCAUCAUUUUCAUUGGACGCCGUUUCUCCCAGGCCUUUUCCUUGGUCCUAGCCGGACUGUGCAUCCUAGCUAAUAUUUUUGUGCCACAAGAACUGCAGACCAUGCGCAUGGUCUUCGCUGUGAUCGGAAAAGGCUCCCUGGCUGCAUCAUUUAACUGUGCCUAUAUAUUUUCUGGAGAGCUGUUCCCAACGGUGAUCAGGCAGACCGGGCUGGGACUAGGCGGCACCAUGGCUCGGGUUGGUAGCAUCAUGGCUCCACUUGUUCGGCUGACUGGUGAAUUCUUCCCAUCCCUGCCCCUGAUUAUCUAUGGAGCUGCCCCUAUUGUCUCCGGCAUCGCAACCUGCCUACUGCCAGAGACACACAACGUGCCAUUGCCUGAGACCAUAGACGAAGUGGAAAGACAAUCAAGACAUACGCUCAACGAUGAACUACAAAUGAAUGUCCUCCUUCAUUCCACAUAG